AUGCAAGCCAUGCUUGCUGGCAUGACCCGCGAAAGGCUACAACAGCUCGUCAAUCGAAUCGGCACUCUCAAGAGUCAGGGAGAGAAUGAGAACACCAGCCAGGAGUAUGCAAAUCUUCUCAAGGUCUUUCGCGCAUUCCAGCAGUACCAGGCAUAUCGGCAGCAGAAUCUAGCAAUGCAGACCAAGGAUGCCCCAUCUCCUGCACCGAAUGGAGUCGCAUCCACAUCGAGUAACGCUGCUGCCCCUACACCAGAGAAGGCGAGCGAUCAAGCCCCAACCGCUGCCCCUCCCGAAGUCAAGCAACAGCCAAACGGCACUGCUGCAACUAGCAGCGAGGAAGGCCCCGUAGCAUUUACUCCGGAUCAAUUAGCUGCCCUCAAGGCUCAAAUCAUGGCAUUCAAGCUCAUCUCGCGGAAUUUGCCUGUGCCGGUUGACAUACAGCACGCCAUCUUCGGCAGGGACAAGGCCAUGUCGGACUUGCACGAUAAGAUGGAGCCUCUCACCGAGCUGGGAGAUGGUGGUAAGGUCGGGGCAGCUGCUCUCGCUGUUCACGCUGCAGCUGAUCCUGCACAUGCUACAAAGGCUGCUGAGGCAGGCGCCGCCAUCCCUCGCAUUCCGUCCCCUUCUCACAACCCGGAGAGCAAAGUGUAUCCCUACAACGCUUACAGGCAGCCCUGGUCGUAUCUCUCGAAGCCCGGUCUCGGCUUGGAGCACCUCACAGCUGCAAAACAGCAGCGUGUGCUCAUCCCUAGUCUUCUUCCUCGUGGUCUCGACCCCCAACUCCUUUACGAUGAACGCAAUCGCUUCAUUGACGCUCGCAUCGAGCAGCGGAGAAGAGAGCUCGAGUCUCUUCCCUUGACGAUGUCCGAGCUGCCAACAGUGGCCGGAGUGCUCAAAUCGGAACAGGCUGAUCAGAGACUGGGAGACGAUGGCACCGGUGUCGAUGAGGGCAGCCCUUUUGCUGGUAUGAUUCAGUCGGAAAAGACUUUUCAGAUGGACAAUGCCAAGGUGAAAGCGUUGCUGGAGCUCAAGUCAAUUGACCUACGUCACUUGCAGCGGUCGGUCCGCGAGAAGCUCGUGAAUGGUUUCUCGCACACCACAUCGCUGGGCAUGGACCGAACAGGCUAUCGUCGAUGGAAGAAGACGACACUGCGAGAUGCACGCAAGACUGAGCAAAUGGAACGGGAGAACCGUCAAGUGCGCGAGAAGCAAGCUCGUCAAGGACACACAGACUACCUGACCGAGAUUUGCAACCACGGGCGGGAGCUGCAGAAGGCCCACGCCGCGGUAUAUGCGCAUGCUCAGCGAAUGGGCAAGGCGAUGCAACGGUUCCACACCGAAACCGAGAAGGAAGAGCAGCGUAGAAUGGAGCGAGUUGCUAAGGAGCGUCUGAAUGCCCUGCGAGCCGACGAUGAAGAGGCGUAUCUCAAGCUCAUCGAUACUGCCAAGGACACCCGUAUCACGCAUCUUAUCAGACAGACUGAUGCCUAUCUGUCUGGCCUAGCCCAGAGCAUUCAGGCUCAGCAGAACGACGAGGUGCACGCCGACGCUAUUGCGGCAGAGCGAGCCGGUAACGCUGCUGCGCAUGCAGAAGAGCUUGCUCGACAGGCUGCGAACCAGGAGAUCGGUGCUGCUGUCGAUGAGACGAUGUUCGGUGCUCAGAAGGCUGAAGACGAACCUGAAGACAAGGGCAAGACAGACUACUACUCUGUCGCCCAUCGUAUUACGGAGCGUAUCACCGAGCAACCUACCAUCCUUGUUGGAGGUCAGCUGAAGGAAUACCAAAUCAAGGGUCUCCAAUGGAUGGUGUCGCUCUACAACAACAGGCUGAACGGCAUUCUCGCCGAUGAGAUGGGUCUGGGCAAGACGAUUCAGACCAUCUCGCUGAUCACCUUCUUGAUCGAGCACAAGCGUCAGCAUGGGCCCUACCUGGUCAUCGUCCCUCUCUCUACACUGACCAACUGGAUCAAUGAGUUCAACAAGUGGGCUCCGGCAGUGAAUGUCCUCACCUACAAGGGCACACCGAAUGUCCGCAAGGCUGCUGCAAGUCGCAUCAGGGCGGGCGACUUCCAAGUACUGUUGACGACCUAUGAGUACAUCAUCAAGGACAAGAACCUUCUCGGCAAGAUCAAAUGGGUCCACAUGAUCAUCGACGAAGGUCAUCGAAUGAAGAACACGCAAUCGAAGCUGACUCUCACCUUGACGCAGUUCUACACGUCGCGAUACCGACUGCUUCUCACGGGUACGCCUCUGCAAAACAAUCUGCCCGAGCUGUGGGCCCUGCUGAACUUCGUGCUGCCACGAAUCUUCAACUCUGUGAAGUCGUUCGACGAGUGGUUUAACAGUCCCUUUGCACAGGCUGGAGCCGGAGACACGAGCAUGCAGCUGAAUGAAGAAGAGGCUCUGCUGAUCAUCAAGCGUCUUCACAAGGUCUUGCGUCCCUUCUUGCUGCGUCGUCUGAAGAAGGACGUCGAAUCGGAGCUUCCCGACAAGGUGGAACGUGUCAUCAAGUGUAAGAUGAGCGCUCUGCAAGGCAAACUGUACCAGCAGAUGAAGAAGCACAAGAUGAUCGUCUCUGGCGACGACUCCCUCACUGCCAAGAAGGGCAAGCCUCAGGGUAUUCGUGGUCUGCAGAAUGCUAUCAUGCAGCUGCGAAAGAUCUGCAAUCAUCCUUACGUCUUCGAACAAGUUGAAGUGACCAUGAACCCCACCAAGGCCAACGGACCGGACUUGUAUCGUGUCGCAGGAAAGUUUGAGCUCUUGGAUCGUCUGCUACCGAAGCUGUUCGCAACGAAGCAUCGAGUUCUGAUUUUCUUCCAGAUGACGGCCAUCAUGGACAUCAUGGAGGACUUCCUCCGCUUCAGGAACUUCCAGUACCUUCGUCUCGACGGUAACACCAAGCCCGACGACCGUUCGCAUCUCUUGACCGAAUUCAACGCGCCCAACUCGCCGUACUUCGUCUUCAUCUUGUCCACCCGAGCGGGUGGUCUAGGACUGAACCUGCAGACGGCUGACACUGUCAUCAUCUACGACUCAGACUGGAAUCCUCAUCAGGAUCUGCAAGCUCAAGACCGAGCACAUCGUAUCGGUCAGAAGAUGGAAGUGCGAAUUCUGCGUCUGAUCACUGAGAAGUCCGUCGAGGAGCACAUUCUUGCCACUGCUCAGCACAAGCUAGAAAUCGACGGAAAGGUCAUUCAGGCCGGUAAAUUCGAUAACCAAGCUACCAACGAAGAGCGAGAAGGCUUGCUCAGAGCCAUGCUGGAAGAAGACAACGACGAUGACGGAGAGGAAGAAGGUGACCUCAACGACGAAGAGCUCAAUGAGAUUCUUGCUCGAGGCGACCAUGAAGUGGAACGCUUCAGGGAAAUUGACGCUGAGCGGAACCAGCAGGAACAAGCCGAGUGGAAGGCUGCAGGCAACAAAGGCAAGGCGCCUGAGCGUCUGCUGACGGACGCUGAGCUUCCUGCGCUCUACCAGCGAGACUUCGAUGCCGAGAUGCUCGAGGCAGCAGUCGAAGAGGAGCCAGCCAUCCGCAAACGUGCUGUUGUACACUACGACGAUGGUCUGACGGAGGAUCAAUUCCUCAGAGCCCUCGAAGACGAGGACGUCGACCUGAACGAUGUGGUAGAGAAGAAGCGAGAGAGGGCCGAGAAGCGCAGAAUCAAGCAAGCCCUGUCUGGCGAAGGUACGCAAGACGGCAGUCAGACCCCCGAGCCCAGUAGCAAGAAGAAGGGCAAGGGGAAGAAGGGUCUGGGUGCCUCGAACCUCAACGACGAUGACUUUGGAGACGAUGCUUCGAACGCAGGGUCUGCACGGAAGCGCAAGCGUGGCAAUGCCCUGUCGCCUGCAGGGUCCGUCGACAGUGGCGGCUUCGGUGGCGGCAAGCGUCGCAAGGGGGACGAUCCUGUCCGUCAACACAUUGCCGCUGUACUGCUCCAAUGCUACCGGGCUGCCGAGGCCUGCGUCGAUGAGACUGGUCGAAAACGCAGCAUGAUGUUCCAGGAUAUCCCAAAGAAGACCGACUACCCCGACUACCACGUCAUUAUCCAGAAGCCCAUUUCCCUACGUCAGAUCAAGAGGAGACUAGACAACAAAGUCUACAAGACUGUGUCUGAGUGUCGAGACGACUUCCACUUGAUGGCGGCGAAUGCAAAGACGUACAAUGAAGAGGGGUCAUGGGUGUACGUCGAUGCUGUUGAGCUUCAGGCAGCGUUUGACUCCAUGUACAACCAACUCGUACCUGGCAGCGGUCUACCUGGAGCCGAGGGAGGAGGAAGUGCUGGCGCUGGGCAGAGUGGAAUGUCCAGUGCAAAUGGUCAAGGUGCAGGAGACGAUGAGGAGGAGGAAGAGGACGAGGAGGAAGAAGAGGAAGAAGAAGAGGCUCCUGUGCCGCCGAAGCCUUCAGGGAUGAAGAUCAAGUUGAAGAGACGGAACGAGAUCAUGGACGAGGAGUAA